CUACCCCUAUCCACUUCCUUUGUCCCUGGCCACCUCAUUGGCUCCCUGUUGAUAUGACUCCUAUUGUCUGCAUCUCUUUUGUCUUCAACAUUGUCUCUGGCACUGCCUCUGUCACUUUCCCCCCAUCAUUGUCUCUCUGUCCUUCCAUGUCUCUCUCUUUCCUUCUCUUCCUGUGGAAUGCGAGCAGGGGUUCUGGAGUCCCACUGCCGCUGUCAUGGGAAAGCAGAACAGCAAACUGCGCCCAGAGAUGCUACAGGACCUAAGAGAAAACACGGAGUUCUCCGACCUGGAGCUGCAGGAGUGGUACAAAGGUUUCCUGAAAGACUGCCCCACCGGCAUCCUCAACGUGGAGGAGUUCAAGAAGAUCUACGCCAAUUUCUUUCCCUACGGAGAUGCCUCCAAGUUUGCUGAGCACGUCUUCCGCACCUUUGACACCAAUGGGGAUGGCACCAUCGACUUUCGGGAGUUCAUCAUCGCUCUGAGUGUCACCUCUCGAGGGAAACUGGAGCAGAAGCUCAUGUGGGCUUUCAGCAUGUAUGACCUGGAUGGCAAUGGCUACAUCAGCCGGGAAGAGAUGCUGGAGAUUGUCCAGGCUAUCUACAAGAUGGUGUCUUCUGUGAUGAAGAUGCCAGAGGAUGAAUCAACCCCUGAGAAACGCACUGAGAAAAUCUUCCGUCAGAUGGAUACAAACAAUGAUGGGAAGCUGUCCCUGGAGGAGUUCAUCAGAGGAGCCAAGAGCGACCCGUCCAUCGUCCGGCUGCUCCAGUGUGACCCCAGCAGCACCUCCCAGUUUUGAGCCUGGGGUCUCCUGGGGGAUGGGGAAAAGGAAGGGUAGAGGGCCAGGCUGGGACCCUGCCUUACCCUGUCUUCAAUUCCUAUCUCCCACAUCUUCCCCUUCCCAUGUCUUUGUGUCCAGACUGGAUUUUGGGAAAGCCCAGGUUAGGGUGGGGCCUGAGCUGUCCCCUGCUCCUACCCCAGAUUCCUGGGUCCCCAUCUCCAUAUAGCAGGGCUAGAGUUUCCUCCUUCCUCAGCCUCUGACCAGGGCUCAGCCCAAGCACCCUGGGAUGGUUGGACAUAGGAAGGGCAGGGGCUGGCCAUGUGGACAUACUUGCAAUGGGGAAGAUAGUGCGUCCCUAUGCAUCCAGGAGCUGCCCCCUCCCCCCACCCAGGUCCUCCCCUCAAAGUCCAAGGACAGCUAGAUGCCUGAUACCCAAGGGAUCCUCCGUAUCUAUGAGGUUUCUCAGCCAAGGGGACUCCACGUCCCCCAUCCAUGGCUAAGAGCAGGAUGCUUCC